AAUCCUGGACCUCAUAUCCAGGAUCAACGAAUCAAAAAGUAGUUGCAACUCGUGGUCUCUUCAACAACCCAAGAGAUGAUUUAUAAGCAAAAGAAAAAAUGGAUAUACUCAGACGGACACCAAAUAUAAUUCCCAUUAUUGUUUGCUUAAGCUAAACUUCAUUUUGCUUGAAGGACCCAAUCAAAACUUGAAUGGCAACACAUUUUAGUCCUUGUUCAUCUUCUUCAACAAACUUCUUACCAUCCUCUUGUUUCAAGAAUGAGACAACAGUAUUGUUUAGUAGAUUUGCUGUUACUGUACCAAGAAAAUCCUCCUGGGUAACUCAGAUUCAUUCAAGAAUCCAAGGUAGAAAGCAUUUCCAUAUCAAAUCCUCAAAUGGGCAUCCUCUGAAUGCUGUCUCCUUGCAGGAUGGUUUAGAUGGAAGUCUUACAGCCAAAGAACAUGACAAGUCUCAAGGAAAAGAGAAGCCUUCCAUUCCAAUCUCAGAAGCAGAGAAAGAAGAGUCUACUCUCAGCAUUACUGUUGUUGGAGCUUCAGGGGACCUUGCAAAGAAGAAGAUUUUUCCUGCACUUUUUGCUCUUUUUUAUGAAGAUUGGCUUCCCGAGAACUUUACAGUAUUUGGUUAUGCUCGUACAAAACUGACUGAUGAGGAGCUUAGGAAUACGAUAAGCAGAACAUUGACAUGCAGAAUUGACCAGAGGGAAAAUUGUGAAGACAAAAUGGAUCAGUUCUUGAAAAGAUGCUUUUACCAUGCGGGUCAGUAUGACUCAGAGGGAGAUUUCUCAGAAUUGGACAGCAAGCUGAAAGAGAAAGAGGCUGGAAAAGUAUCAAAUAGGCUGUUUUACUUGUCAAUCCCUCCAAACAUAUUUGUGGAUGUGGUAAGAAGUGCCAGCCUUAGAGCUUCUUCAUUGAAUGGGUGGACAAGGGUCAUUGUUGAGAAGCCAUUUGGCCGUGACUCAGAGUCCUCUGGCGAGUUAACCAGAUGUUUGAAGCAGUAUCUAACUGAAGAUCAAAUAUUCAGGAUUGAUCAUUACUUGGGAAAGGAGCUUGUUGAGAAUCUGUCAGUGCUUCGUUUCUCAAAUCUUGUUUUUGAGCCCUUAUGGUCAAGGGACUACAUCCGCAACGUGCAAUUGAUAUUUUCUGAAGAUUUUGGUACAGAAGGUCGUGGAGGCUAUUUUGAUAACUAUGGCAUCAUACGAGACAUAAUGCAAAAUCAUCUUCUGCAAAUACUAGCACUAUUUGCCAUGGAAACGCCUGUUAGCUUAGAUGCUGAGGACGUUAGGAAUGAGAAGGUAAAAGUUUUAAGGUCAAUGAAACCACUGCAACUUGAAGAUGUAAUUGUUGGCCAAUAUAAGGGCCACAGCAAGAGUGAUAGAUCGUACCCUGCUUACACAGAUGAUCCAACUGUGCCGAAAGAUAGCCGUACUCCAACAUUUGCAGCUGCAGCCCUUUUCAUCAAUAACGCCAGAUGGGAUGGAGUUCCUUUUCUGAUGAAAGCAGGCAAAGCUCUUCAUACCAGGCGAGCAGAGGUCCGAGUGCAGUUCAGACAUGUCCCAGGUAACUUGUACAAGCGGAACUUUGGAACUGAUUUAGAUAAGGCUACAAACGAGCUAGUGCUACGUGUACAACCUGAUGAAGCUAUAUAUCUGAAGAUAAACAACAAAGUUCCUGGUCUUGGAAUGAGAUUAGAUCGCAGUGAUCUUAAUUUGCUUUACAGUGCAAGGUAUCCAAGAGAAAUACCAGAUGCAUAUGAGAGGCUACUUUUAGAUGCCAUAGCAGGAGAGAGAAGGUUGUUUAUCAGAAGUGAUGAGCUUGAUGCUGCUUGGGCACUAUUCACACCAGUGUUGAAGGAGCUGGAACAGAAGAAAAUAGUUCCAGAGCUGUACCCCCAUGGCAGCAGGGGUCCAGUUGGAGCACAUUAUCUUGCUGCGAAAUACAAUGUUCGAUGGGGAGAUCUCAGCGGUGAUGACUCAUGAGUAGCCAAGAGCUCUAUUUGAUGAUUUUGCAUGCUCAUGGCAGGUUUACUGAGCCUCUGGAAGUUUUUUCUUUUAAAUACAUGGUAUGCUAAAGUAACAGGUGAGCCUCUUUGAAUUCAUCGACAAUGAAAGGAGAGCAUUUUGAGUAACAGAACGAUUAAAAUUCAGGUCAUAAGCUUUUAUCAAUCUACGUGACUGUAAAAUAUCCAAUUGAGUUGAAAGAUGGUCUGAAGCUGUCUUUGCCUGAUGCACAGAUUGCAGAGCUGAACAGGAAGGGGAAAGAAAUUCGACGCCAGACCUUGCAUUCGGGGCGGGGUUCCAGUCUUUUUUCCGGAACAUUACUCUCUAUGCUGCAGAUAAACUGCUUGAAGGAUACUCUUGUGCUAAAAGCUUAAUUCGUUUCUCAUGAUGAUCGAAUAGAACUGCAGAAAUUUUAUAGUCCCCUCCUAUACUGUUAUUCGUACGUCAACUAUGAAUGACAAAUUUGAAGUUCUCAUGAAUGCGAAGGAAAUUUGUAGA